AUGGCCGAAGACCGUUCCAGUUCCUCUGUCUGCGGCGCGGUGGGCGGCCAGCAGGACCGCGUCCCGGGUGCGGGCGGCUGCAGCUUCCCGGAGUACGAGCUCCCCGAGCUGAGCACGCGGGCUUUCCACGUGGGCGCCUUCGGGGAGCGGUGGCGCAGCCGGCUGCGCGGGGCCGGGGACGUGUCGCUGAGGGAGCCCGGCGGCCGAGGGGACGCCGCGGUGGCCAGGGACCUGGGCUGCAGUGUGGACGCCGCGGCCGAGCUCAGGACCGUGUGCGGCCUUGAUAAACUGAGAUGCUUUGAGGAAGAUGAGGAUCCAGAAAUCAUCCCAGAGGACACUGAACUGGUGACUUUAUGUGUUAGGAAAGGACUCCUGGAAUACAGAGAAGAAAACAUCACCAUAGAUCGUGCCUGCAGACAAGAAACAUUUGCAUAUGAAAUGGAAUCUCAUGCAGUAGGGAAAAAACCUGAAAAGCCUGAAGACAUGAUUGAAGAAGGGGAGCUUAUCCUGUCUGUGAACAUCUUGUACCCUGUUAUAUUUAAUAAGCACAAAGAACACAAGCCAUACCAGACAAUGCUGGUGUUGGGCAGUCAAAAGCUCACAGAACUGAGAGAUUCAAUUUGCUGUGUCAGUGACCUCCAGAUUGGUGGAGAAUUCAGCAACACUCCUGACCAAGCCCCAGAGCACAUCAGCAAAGACCUAUACAAAUCAGCCUUUUUUUAUUUUGAAGGAACAUUUUACAAUGAUAGGAGAUACCCGGAAUGCAGAGACUUGAGCAGAACUAUUACAGAAUGGUCAGAGUCCCAUGAUAGAGGGUAUGGGAAGUUUCAGACUGCUAGAAUGGAAGAUUUCACCUUCAAUGACCUGACUAUUAAACUUGGCUGUCCUUAUUUAUACUGUCACCAGGGAGACUGUGAACAUGUUGUUGUCAUUACAGAUAUAAGGCUUGCACAUCAUGACGACUGCUUGGAUAGAACACUUUAUCCUCUUCUUACCAAGAAACACUGGCUGUGGACCAGGAAAUGUUUUGUUUGUAAAAUAUAUACAGCUAGGUGGGUGACAAACAAUGACAGUUUUGCACCAGAGGACCCCUGUUUCUUUUGUGAUGUUUGCUUCCGAAUGCUCCACUAUGACUCAGAAGGCAACAAGCUGGGGGAAUUCCUUGCUUAUCCUUACAUUGAUCCUGGGACCUUUAACUAGUACCCUUCCCCCAAUAGUCCAACUGUAUAGAAAUGCUUAAUAUUAUUUUAUUUACUAUUUAUUCCAAACUAUAUUUUUAUUUUGUGCCUUUUACUCAUUUUAUCUGUUACUGAGUACAGACCUGCUUUGAGAUAUUCUGAGUAAACUUUUGUCAGAAAGGCAAUUUUUACUUUUCUCCCAAUCCAUGGCUUGCCUAUUCAGAUUCCCUAGAGGCUUUUGCUAGGAUUCAAUUAAUGAUACAUCAAGUAGUAGAAGUAUUUUGAAAAUUUUUUGAAGAAUGUGAGAGCUACACCUUCUACCACCAUGAGACUUCCAAGGUUUAAUUUUAUUUGAAGUGAAUUUCAUGUUUUUCUGGAUGGCUAUAAACAGACAUUUACAUGUAAAUCAAAAGUUGAUUUUAAAAAAAACCUAAGUCUGUUUAAAAGCUUGAGCUUCGGGAAGUAUGUUUCAUGGACUUAAUGUCACAUGUCCAGUUAAGUGAUGUGACAUGGAGAUUACAAGGACCUGCUUCUGGUAUGUUUAGCAGUGUUCUCAUUCUCUGCUUUAGUAAGUAUCAAUGGUCACAACAGAGUGCAAAGAAGCCCUCUGCUGUACCUGAAUUAUUCACUUUCCUUUCUGCAGUGGUGCUAACAAUAAGCAGACUGAAAAUUCUUUUGGAAAAUCAGAUUCACAAUGUGAUAUUUUUGAUUCAUUAUUCAUAUAAUAGCAAAUUACAGAAAGUUAAUGCUAGUAACCUAUUUCAGUGAACAAAGAUGACAGACAUCAUCAGAUAAAACAUUACUGACUGAAAAUACUUAGAAAAUGUUAUUUUGCUAGUUUCUUUGGGUUAAUGUCACCAAAAACCCUUGUUUUUUAUUGAUGAAACUAAAGGCUAACCAGCUUAGCACUUUGCCACAUUGUGUUUUUCCUAGCUUUCACCAGUGUGGAUAGGACCCUGAUCCAAAACAGCCUUUCUUAGAGACCAGGCAGAGGUAGGAGGAUGGUUGUGAGUUCGAGUCUACUCUGAGACUACAUAGUGAAUUCCAGGUCAGCCUGGGCUAGAGACCCUACCUUCAAAAACAAAAAUGGGGAAAAAAAGAGAAAGGCUUUGAUUAACUCGAAAAGGCUUUAUGUAUAUACUGGGGAAUCAAACCCACACCAUUAAGUUUUGCAGGCAAGCACCUUUAGCCACUGAGCAAUCUCCCCAACUGUUCCCCCAAGAUAGUGUUUGUCAAUUUCACUUUCAGGACAGAGGUAGAUAUGAAACAUGAACAUCUAUGUGCAUAUAUAAGGUAGGGAAGUAGCUAGUUCCUUAAACAUGAUUGCACAGGAGACAUGAGUGAAUGACAAGCACAUAUUUAGUAACUUCUGCAUUUCUUAAGGGCUUAAGUCUGCAGGUUUGCUAUUUCCAGUAGGGAGCUCAUUCUCUGGCUAAUGGAAGCCCUUGCUAUUGUGUACAAGAUUAUAUACGUAGCAGAUGUCAUCUUGACCUCACAUCUUUUAUCAGGUAAGUGGUUUGAGUAAAAACAUUUUUAGGAUACUACAUCAAUGUGCUAGUAAGAACUUGGUGAAAUAUGUGUUAUUUGAAAUCAUACCAAAAGCUCCCAAUAAGGUUCUUUGAUUUAGGUAGAAUAUCUGAAACCAACUACCUCAUUCUUUUAAAAUUUGGGGGCUGUAUCACUGAAAUUAUCUAAGAGCCAGUGCUCUUGAAAGUUCUUGGUGCUUGUUCAUAAAAUCUAGUUAAGAGUUCUGGGAAUAAUAGCUAUCAGUUUUAUCCUAUGACAAAAUCUCGAGAUUAAAAAGAUGGGAGUGCUUUAAUAAAUGUACAUUAGCUGUGAUGACAAAGCAUCCUAUACACAAAAAGACAUAAACUAUCCCAACUCUGAAA